UUAGCGUCAUGUCGUGAUAAUAAUACAAGAGUUCGGUUUUCGACUUUAUUUAAUUGAAAAUGAAAUAAUUAUGCAUAAAGUAAUGGGAAUGGGAGAACAUAAUUAGGUUCUUUAUCCAUCAGAUACCUAAAGAACAAGAAAGCAGGUAUUUCGUUCAACAUGGAGAUGUGUCGAGCUUGCUUACAAACUGAAAAUGCAAUGAUUCCUUUCAACGAGACUUCUGUAAGCUGUUAUAAUUUACUUACAAAUCUGAAUGUGACCCUGUUUGAUUGUUUUCCACAUUACUUCUGUAAUAAAUGUGCACAACUCCUAAUUUCAUUCACGGACUUCAGAGAAAAGUCGCUCAAAUCUGAAACAACUCUACAUGAAAUGAUUCAGCAUGUAAAACCUGAAGAAAAAUACUUGCAAAGUGAAAGUAAAUUGGCCUUUCAGCAAGAAGUGAAAAUAGAGGUACUAAAGAAUGAAUGUAACGAAGAAGAAGAUUGUACUGUUAUGUAUGAUGAACCCACAAAUUGUUGUGAAGAGGAUGAAAAAAAACCGGAGAUUGAUUCAAAACCGGAUAAAAAGAAACAAAAAUCUUCAAAAAAGUGUCAGAAAAGAACAAAAAAUACAAAAGUUAAAACAAAUAUCAAAGAAAAAAAGCCAAAGAAAAAAGUAAUUGAUGAAGCUGAAAUAGCAUGGGCCUGUGGGAUGUGCAAUAAAAAUUUCAUCGUCGAAAACGAAUUAAGAAGUCAUUUGGAAACGCAUAAAAACAACAAGCAAUGUCAGAUCUGCUAUGAAAGCUUCAACAAUUGGCCUGCUUUGUUUGGGCACAGACUAGAGCAUAUACCUGUUAAACAGGGCAAGUGUCACAUUUGUAAUAAACGCUCAAAGUCUAGUAUUUACAUGGAAUACCAUUAUCUCUCUGCACAUAAUGAUGGACAGGAAGUGGUGUUAACAUGCAAAGUAUGUAAAAAGAACUACGAAACGCCGACAAAACUGCGAAACCAUAUGAUGUUCCUUCAUUCAGAAGUUAAAUACAUUUGUGAUUAUUGUUCCAAAGGAUUUACUAUCAAAGACACAUUAAAGGUGCAUAUUUUAACGCACAGCGAACAUAAACCUUUGGUCUGUGAUAUGUGUGGAUUUCGGUGCAAACUACAGACUAAUUUAAGAGCCCAUAAGAUAAGAAAGCAUACGCUUACAAAAGUGAAAUGCGCGAGGUGUCAGAUAGUGUUCGUAGACCAGGAGAAGCAUGACAAGCACACGUGUCGCCUGCACGAGGUCAUGUGCCCCGAAUGCGGGAAGAUAUUGAAGCAUUCUAGACAGCUGAGACGUCACCGCGAGACGCACCGGCUAGUAGGCAGCCACAAGUGCGCACGCUGCCCGGCCGCUUUCAAGACGCGCGAGGCGCUGCGCGUGCACACGCACCGGCACGACGGCGUGCGCACCAAGCAGUGUGACGUGUGCCAGGCCAAGUUCUACUCCAGCAGCGUGCUCAUCCGCCACCGCCGCAUCCACACAGGUGAUUAUGGACCAUACGUCUAGGGAAUAAGCUUCAAAUUGCAACCGCACAGGUGCGCCUUAGCGACGGCGUGCGAGCAGUGUGACGUGUGCCAAGCCAAGUUCUACUCCAGCAGCGUGCUCAUCCGCCACCGCCGCAUCCACACAGGUGAUUAUGGACCAUACGUCUAGGGAAUAAGCUUCAAAUUGCAACCGCACAGGUGCGUCUUAGCGACGGCGUGCGCACCAAGCAGUGUGACGUGUGCCAGGCCAAGUUCUACUCCAGCAGCGUGCUCAUCCGCCACCGCCGCAUCCACACAGGUGAUUAUGGACCAUACGUCUAGGGAAUAAGCUUCAAAUUGCAACCGCACAUGUGCGUCUUAGCGACGGCGUGCGCAUCAAGCAGUGCGACGAGUGCCAAGCCAAGUUCUACUCCAGCAGCGUGCUCAUCCGCCACCGCCGCAUCCACACAGGUGAGAAACCUUAUGUCUGCACCAUUUGCGGCCGCGGCUUCAUCUGCGGAGGCAGCCUGAAGGUUCACAUGAAGGUGCACGGCCUGUUCCUCAUCACAAAGAAGGACAAGCCAGCGGAGAAUAUCACUGAUUUAUUUAAAAUGUGAGAAACCUUACGUGUGCACCAUUUGCGGCCGCGGCUUCAUCUGCGGAGGCAGCCUGAAGGUUCACAUGAAGGUGCACGGCCUGUUCUUCAUCACGAAGAAGGACAAGCCAGCGGAGAAUAUCACUGAUCUAUUUAAAA